AUGGGUUAUUUUAGUGACGAAGAUCGUGGAGACCACCAGUUUGACGAAGAGUCUGAAACCUCGUCCAACGUGGACGAGGGCGAGGUGCAAUCUGGUCCAGUUGGUCAGGCUGCCCCAACCACUGGAAGUGCAUUCGACCACAUAGAUUUGAGCCGCAUCACUACUCCUCCCGCUCUACUAGCCUUUGCUGAAGGUUGCUGCGAAGAAUAUAGGCUCUCUUCCAUAGCAAAGGAAGACGUUAUGCGAACUACAGCACUACCGGGAGCCACUUUUAUGGCGAUCCGGCUAUACGCGCGGAUGAUGGCGAUGGGGCAGAAUGCUACAAAAGCCCAGGUUGAGGAUUUUCUUAGGUCCAGUACGUUUAAAGAGAACAUCAAGCGGCGGAUCCAAGGCGGACUGCUCGACCCAAACAUUCCGUAUUAUGUUCGCGGCUGUACAGCUCGAUUUGUGCGGCAUAUGAGAGAGAACCCGGCCUCGUAUGAGAUCCCGCAGGUAGUUCAGGAGGGCCUUAUGACUACUAGGAAGUUCUCCUCAGCCAUUGCCGAAAUUCUCAGCGGCUUUCGUGGCGAAUUACGUCGGAAGAUUUUUGGCUCGAUUGAGGACAAGACUGAUAUUGCCAGCACUGGCGAGAAGCUUUCAAUCCAAGGAUUCCAGAUAUCUGAGGAUCAUUUAAAGCAGUUUGCCCUUUUGCGACAACUAUCCGAAGAUUACAUCAAGGCUGAAGUGGAAGCCCAAGCUAAAAAGGCUGUGGAAAAUGCGAAUGCUCAGGUAGGGAACCGUGGCAGGGGAAAGAAGAGAAGGGUCGAUGGGGCGCCACAGAAGACUCUAGCAUUUUGGACGUACAUCGAUACCCAAAUGAGUCGGUUUCGUAAAUACCCCAUAGCCAAGCGUACUGAGUUAUUGAAGCAUAUUCUUCGCCAGGAUCGAAAGAAGUAUCCCGAUCGAACUGGCCAGGCCCGUUGGUUCCCUCCAUCGAACCAACUUAUUGUUUCGCAAUGGCAGGCCGAUGCUAGCUAUUCAAUUCAAGUAAUGGCUGGCUAUACCCUCACCGCUGCGCAGGAAGGAUCAGACGCUCCGCCGACUGGCUCGGGGGAUCCUGAUGAAGCCGAAGGCCCGGCUAAUCGAGAUGACCUACCCGAGGAGGAGGGCCAAGAGAACCAGGAGGACCAGGAGGAGGAUGGCACUCUAGGUGGGGAUGAAGGCGGCCGGAACGCGCAAGGCGGGAUUGGUACGAAUGGCGACUUUCAAGAAGACGCCCCGAGCCUAUUCGACGAUGAAGUAACGCAUACAUCAACACAACGACGCCCCGAAGAUCGUCACACCUCGGAUGGCCCUGGGAACGGCCCAACUCGCCCUCGCGUUACGGGUGACUCACUAUCAAACAAUGGCGCACCAAGUAAUCCCUCCCCGCAGCGUCCAAUACAGCGAGACACCCCCGAGUCAGUGGGCCCUGUUCGAGGAACCCCCGGACCACAAGGCGGUCGCGUUACAACCCUCGCGCAAACAUCGCGAGGUAGCCCGUUCCCCUUAAGAUCCCGUACUUCCGCACCUCAAGCACCUCGGCCACUCGCCUCGGGCACGCCAAACGUAACUAGCGGGGGGCGAGUACUAACCCGUAGCAGUGCGCAGCGUCUGCAGGUCCCCGAACCAUACGACCCGAUGGAUUCUGAAACCGCUGCAGCGUCGGUCAGUAUGUAA